AUGCGGAGUGCCUUCCGUUCCGCUCAAGCGCAUGAGUUCAAUCCUGUUAAAAUUGCCAACACUUUGCGCUUUUUGGAACGAGCUAGCGAAUAUCGGGGACUGGAACAUAAAAUUGUGAAAAAUUUGCUGCUAGCGAGGUACUGGGAGAAUCCCCAGAAUGCCAAAGAAUCCCGUCUAUUAAAGAUUCUAGGCCUUGCGAGACUAGAGGCCCGAUUACGCAAAAAUACCUACGAGCAUUAUAAUCUGACCCUUGAACGCCUGAACGAAAGCCUAGGGACGUGCCUAAAGUGA